AUGGCCAGAAAGGGAAGUCGGAGAGGGGUGGAGCCCGUGUGGUGUUUCCACCUCCGCAAGCGAAGCCAGGAGGGAGAAAGAGAGAAGAAGGCCGGGUCGCUUUCGCUUCUGCGUCCUCCUGUUAUUCCUUUUGGCACAAGGUCGGCCUUCUUUUGGGAUAUGAUACAUGGCAUUUAAGAAGAUCAUCUUAAAGGAAAUGUAAACAUUUGGAUGGUUGGGAGUGUACGUUGAUGGGAAAUACUGGAAAUAUCUCCUAGUGCUUUUAAGUCUUAGCUUGAGUGGGGACAUCUGGGAGUGAUCCUCUGUUAGCCUCUGCCCUCUCUAUCAGAAAUUAAUCACUGUUUCAGGGAAUUUAUCAGCUUGCACAGAUUCCGGUGUGCCAACAAGUCAUUGCUUCUUGUCCCAGGAAGUCUAUAUCUGAACAAUGGAGAAAAUCAUAUCAUGGUUAAGAAACUUGUGUCCUGGGAGUGAGACAGAUGAAGGAAAAUCAAUUCUACAAAAAAGCCCAAGUGCCAAGGAUAAAGAAUCAUACUAUGCCAGCAUCAAUGAAGGGGACUCUGUAGAUGUAUCUUGUGUACCUUGUGCAGGCAUCGCCAGCCGGGACUCUGUCACCUGUCCUACUUGCCAGGGUACUGGGAGAAUCCCCCGAGAACAAGAGCAACAGCUAGUAGCCCUCAUUCCAUAUGGAGAUCAGCGACUGAAACCCAGAAGAACGAAGCUGUAUGUAACCCUUACAGUGGCCAUUUGCCUGCUGAUGACAUGUCUCAUGAUGUAUUUCCUGUUCCCACGCUCCAUUGCAGUGAUCCCCAGUGGUCUCAAUGCCUCCUCCAUCUCCUUUGACAAUUCUACUUCCAGCAUCACCCUCAAUAUGACUAAUAUCCUCAAUGUGACGAACAACAACUUUUACACAGUACAUGUGGCUCAGCUAGCUCUUGAAGUCUUGCACAAGACACUGGUGAUUGGGAAAAACACAGUGAUGACCCAACUGGACAUCAGACCCCUGCAAGGUGCUCAGAUACUUUACAAUGUCUCCAGUACAAUCCUGGAUAAUAACACUUACAAAAUAUGCACGUGGUCUAGAAUAAAAGUUCACAAUGUUCUACUGCACAUACAAGGUACUUUGACUUGCUCUUAUCUCUCUCACACGGAGCAGCUGUCCUUUGAAAACUACCAGUAUGUGGACUGCAGAGGGAAUGCAGUCAUCCCCAUCAUGUCCUGAAUCUACAGUUCUCUGUGGCUGCUGUGAACUCUUAGGGGAACUGCUGCUGUGGGCCUGCCUUCGGUUCUCUUCGGUGAAAAGGCUGCUGCAUCAUUUUCAGCCCAUCCUUGGGACUGGGAUGGGAGUGGCAGGAUGAAAGGAUCUGCAGCUUUGAUUCAAUAUUACCAAGAGGCAGCAUCUGUGGCAGGACAUUUCAUCUUGUUUAAAGAUCCGAGGACAUUAUUGACUAGGAAGCAGCUCAACUGCAUCACACUGUGUAAGAGAGAGUGCACAGAAAUGCAGGAUUGUGUGAAGGAACUUGCUUAGAGCUGUGCUGUGUGACUCACUGGCCAACUGCUGAAAUUGUAUUGACCUUUUUGUAAAUGUUUCCUGGAGGCUGCUGGCCUGGAGCUUGAUUUAUCAGUCCUUGAAAGGCUGGAAGCUUACCUCUAAGACUUCUUCGUUGGUUAAAACUAUGUUUGCCCAUAUUUAACCAGGAGGGAGGAACCUUGUUUGGACUUUGCACCAUGACUUCAGCAGGCAAGCACUUGUUGGAAUGAAGCACUGUGUGUAUUCUUCUCAUCCCUUAAGCCUUCUCCCCUGUCAAUUGGUCAGCUUUUUGUAGUGUGUCACAAAGAGAUUGGGGGAGGAGAGUAUAUAGCACUGAGAAGUCUUAAGAAACCACAAAUAAUUCCAUGUUUAAUGCUAUAUUUUAAAAAUCUCUUUCUACACCCAUGCAGAGAUGCAAAACUCACCCCCCCCCCUUUUUUUUUUUUGAGUAGAGAGAAGAAAAAUAAAGUUCUAUUGAUAUCUUUUUGUCUGGGCAAUGUGGAUAUUUUCCAAAAUAAAUAGUUAAUGCACUGUUA